AUGCCCGACUCGCAGUUCAAGGAAGGCCACUCGGUCCCUGUGACCCAUCAGGACUUCCCUGGCAAGGAGCACAAGAUGCCCAUAGAGGCCCAGUACGACACCCUGCCUACUGAUGAGGGCGGCUACCAGAAGUACCAGGGUGUGGGCAAGCUCAAGGGUAAGAAGGCCAUCAUCACCGGAGGUGACUCCGGAAUCGGCCGAGCCUCCGCCGUCCUGUUCUCUCUGGAGGGCGCCGACUCAUUCAUCGUCUAUCUCCCAGACGAAGAGAAGGAUGCCCAAGAGACCAAGAAGAUGGUCGAAGCAAACGGCCAGAAGUGCCACCUGUAUGCUUCCGACAUCACCAGCAAGGACAACUGCAAGAAGAUCGUCGAUGAGGCUCUGAAGGCUAUGGGCGCCAUCAACAUCCUCUUCAACAAUGCCGCCUACCAGAUGAUGAUCAACGACAUCCACGACCUUUCCGAGGAGCAGUGGGAGCACACCUUCAACACCAACAUCCACCCCAUGUUCUACCUAUCCAAGUACGCGCUGCCUCACAUGAAGAAGGGCGACACCAUCAUCAACAACGCCAGCAUCAACGCCUACGUCGGCAGACCUGACCUCCUGGACUACACUUCCACCAAGGGCGCCAUUGUCUCAUUCACGCGUGGUCUCAGCAACCAGUUCGUCGCCAAGGGCAUUCGCGUCAACGCUGUCGCCCCAGGCCCUGUCUGGACCCCUCUAAUCCCGGCCACCAUGAACGACGAGGCGCAGAAGUCAUUCACCAGCCCGAUGGGUAGACCCGCACAGCCCAGCGAGAUUGCCACCUGCGUCGUCUUCCUGGCAGCGAAGGACAGCUCAGCCAUCAGUGGACAGACCAUCCACUGCAACGGCGGUACUAUUGUCAACGGCUAA